AAAGGAUACUGACAACCGUCGUGAAAGGGCACGAAGGAAAGAACCUCAGCUUACUUAAUAUGGCGACCAAGCUAACACAGACCCAUAGGGAUCAACUUUCCAAAUGGAUCGAUCCAUCAAAACGACAUAAGUUCACUUUACUGUACAAGAUUACCCGUGACGGUUGUAAAGCCGAGACUUUCCAUAGUUUCUGUGACAACAAGGGGCCAACUGUCACCGUUCUGUACAAUACUGACAAAUCCGUAUAUGGGGGAUACACCGCUGUUAGCUGGAAAACAUGUGGAUCAUAUGUCGCCGAUUGCGAGGCUUUUAUCUUCAAAUUGGAAUAUAAUGGCAGAGCACAACCUAUCAAGAUGCCCGUCAAAAAUGCUAAAUACGCAAUUUCCGCACACGAAAAUUAUGGGCCGACAUUUGGAAGUGGACAUGACUUUCAAUGUUUCUCCGAAACUGUAAAUAAAUCAGGGGAUUAUUUCCCUUUAAAUGGCAGUGUGGGUUUAGGUCAUGCGUACAGCUCGCAGGGACAGGACUACAAUACUAUGACAAACGGUCAUCUAAACGUCUUGGACCUGGAGGUUUACGGUGUUCAGGAGCACAUGCUACUCCAAAAACCGUGGGUUCGGAAUGUAAGCUGGACUUCAAAGUUUGAGGAAGAGAUGAAGGACAAAGUAGCCACGUAUAAACCAUUAUCCGGACUUGACAUCCAGCAGGCGAGGAUCCUUUUGAUAGGACAAGUCGGAGCUGGAAAGUCCAGCUACUUCAAUACCAUUAACUCAAUAUUCCGGGGGUAUAUAAGCAGUCAAGCCAGCGCUGGAAGUACUGAACACAGUCUAACAACGUCUUACCGGAUGUAUGAAAUACACGACGGAUAUACCAGCAAAACAUUGAACUUCCGGUUAUGUGACACACGUGGCUUAGAGGAGGAUCAAGGUCUCAACGAUAACGACAUUUGCUAUCUACUUGAUGGACAUGUGCCUGACAGGUACAAUUUUAACCCGGCUAUUCCACUAUCGCCUGAUCUACAUGGAUUCUUGAAAACCCCCGAGUUUUCAGACAAAAUUCAUUGUGUGACAUUUGUCUUGGAUGCUAGUACAGUCGAUGUUAUCCCUGAAAAAGUAGUUGAAAGAAUCAAAGGAAUGCAGCCGCUAAUGAACUUAAGAGGAAUACCACAGGCUGUGUUGUUGACCAAAAUUGACAAAAUAUGUGAAGAAUCCUCCGAUGAUAUCAGCAAGGUGUACUUCAGUGCAGCAGUGAAGGAGUGCAUUGACAAGGUUGCCAUGGUGAUGGGUCUGCCAAGAUCCCACAUACUUCCGGUAAAAAACUACGAGCACGAGGCAGACCUUGAACAGAAUGUUAACAUCCUGUCGCUACUUAGUCUCAGAAAAAUUCUGAAUUUCGUUGAGGAUUUCCUGUUCAAUAAAUUGGACGAGAUAAAUACCAAAAAACUGAACACUUGUGAGUAAAUCAGAAGCACAGAAGAAAAGUGGUUGAAAGAAACAAACAUUUCCUUAUAUAACUUCUUAAGACGCAUUCAGUAUUUCUUUACUUUUUGCUUUUUAGACGUGAAUGAUUGUUUUCGACAAGUAAGUACACGCUACGUUUACUAAUAGUGCAACCAUAAGAAUGUGUUUUACUGCGACAUCAUAGAUAACGGUUAUACAUGUAUAUCCCAGUAAUGAAUUUUAAAUCAUAUAUAAAAUAGUUCACCAAAACUAGUAAAAACGCUCCAUGCUUUCACAAGCAAAGAAUAAAAUCGACGUCAAAUAUUCUGGAAAUGUUGAUAUAUCCUUUACUUGAAUGGUGGUCAUCACUGUAACAGGAUUAUUACAUAAGGAUCUUUAUAAAUGUGAUAGAAGUUGCUUGAUGAAGACAUAGUAUGUUCUCAAGGAAGAAAUUUUCGGUGGUAGUUUAAAAAUGGAUACUGACUUAAUUUGCAAAAAAAGUUGUUUCACCAAUGGUUUUAAUAUCGGAGUAUGAUUUUGGAUAGAUUGGCUCUUUAAUGGCAAAAAUAUGACUAUGCUAAAAUUAAGAUAUUCCUGGAUUUGAGAACAAAUGACGAAAUGGCGGAAUCUUGUGUGAUAGAAUAAAAACCUGUUUUGUGUGUAUCAAGAUCUGCAAAAUAUAAUUAUACAGUUACUCUGAGAAAUUGAGAGAUAAUAAAAAAUUAAAAGAUGCAUUUUAAACUAAAUGACAGUGAUGUCCAUGGCUGUUUUGCCAUGUCUAGAAACAACGAGAAAGUACCGACACAUUAAGGAUGUUUGAAAGUCGUGUUUGACCAGAUGUAGGAUGUUAUUUGAUACCAAACAAACUCGGACAUAAUAUCUUCGACUUUGAUGUUUUUAUAUACAUAGUAAUGUUAUUAGUUAACCGGAACGCUUAAAUAAAUGCUUUGUAAAAUAAUU